AUGGAACAGAACCUUACUCCCUUACAACAGUCAGUGCAGCGCGUCUUUGGCUCUGCCUAUGCAGCUCUCUCUGUUGAUGAUAUAAAUCAAAACUUGAGUAUUGAAACCGGGGAAUCAAUCACAGUAUCAAGCUGUUCUCCGCAACACCAUCAGUCCCCAGUGAUUGUCAACACUCAAAGUAGUAGUAGGAGACCACGCUGUACAAUUACUGAGGGUGAAAAGGUAGUGCUCAUGCACUUAUAUGUUGACUACCAGGUGAAGCAUGUACAGGGAAAGAAGAGUGCUUUUUGGCUCUUGAUUUCUGAACUGUUGGAACAGGAGUCGGGUGGUGUAAAGCUCAAGGACCCGCAAAAGACAGUUAGUUUGAUAGUCGCACGAAGAAGAGCUGAAGUGCGUAUGCAGGAAAGGGAAAGUGGUACCGUUCAACGGGAAAAUGAACUGACGCAAAAAAUUGAUGCUUGGAUUGCACAUGAGGACCAAUUGGAGAGAAUGGUAUCGGACACUGCUAAAGGAAAUUCAGCUUUGGCUAAAGAAACAGAGGAAGCCGCAGUUCAUCGUCGCAAUGUGUUGGUCCGCUUAGGUGAAAAAAGGAACAGGGACGGGGAAUUAGAUUCUGAUAGGGAGGAAAGUGAUGAGACUGUUGCGAAAGAGGUUAGAAAAAUGAGAAAGAAUAGGAGACCUGUGAUAAGUAGUGAGCGUUCUGCUGAUACACUGGCUGUUGUUGGUGCGGUGGAGAGUUUGGGUUCCGGUAUGGUUACAGCUGUUCGUGAGCUUGUGGCUUCUAGACAACCACAAGUUCAGCAGAAUGAACGGAUUGAUAGGAAGUUCCAGGAAUUACGGGAGCAGUUGGCAAGGGAAAGAGAAGAGGAUAGGAUAACAAUAGAGCGACAAAGGAAUGAAGACAGAUUGGUGGAGGAAGCACGGAGUACGGAUUUCCUCUCUCAUAUUUUAGGGAAACUUGAUGAGCUCAAAAAACUUUAG